CGCCCAUUGGCUGGGGCUCCCAGGCUCCCAGCCAAUCCCACGCAAAGGUCAUGCUCUUCCUGGGAGGCAGGGACCCCAGGACUCCGCAGCCAGGGCCACCCCAGGAACUGACCUGCGACAAGAGGACCUCAGCCGGGAGUUGCUGCCUCUGUGGAUGUUGGGUGUCGAAGCCCAGAAGUCCCCCAAGGGGAAAUGGACCAUGCCACCCUUUGACCCGCGCUUCCCCAACCAGAACCAGAUCCAUAACUGCUACCAGAACUUCCUGGACUACCACCGCUGCGUUAAGGCAAUGAGCCGCUGCGGCCAGAGCUCGCAGCUCUGCGAGUACUAUUUCCGCGUGUACCGCUUGCUGUGCCCCCUCAGCUGGGUGCAGCGCUGGAACCAGCAGAUCCAGGACGGGCCUUUCGCAGGCAAAAUCUGACCGCCUAGCGCAGUGCCUCCUCCUCCGAGGCGGGUCCCGUGACCCUCAUCUCCAUUCCUGCCCCCCCCCCCAUGUCUGGGCACAAAUAAAGCUGCGCAGUUCCCGGUG